GACAUCCUAUUCAUGCCACAUAUCGUGGCACAAAAGUCCAUAUUAUUGUAAAUUUACCAAUAUCUUUCUAAUAUCAUCAUUUCUCUCACAGAGUAAUAUGGACGUGGAUAUGGCAUCAUCGUCAACGCCAACCAUGCGCUCGGCAGUUUCCGCCCCUCGCUCCGAAGCUGCCCCAAUAGCAGCACCCCGGACCAACAUGGCACCGGCAGCGCCUCGAACAACAACAGGCGCCACCGCGACAACGGCUCCGCGUCAAAGCACGCCAGCAUUACCAGCGGAUCUGCAACGAAUUCGUUGUCCACUAUGCCGCCGCCCGCAUCGGCUAUCGCACUGCGGUAUCUUCAAAGGCAUGCCGCCGAUGCAACGCCAGCAGGUGGCACAGGCGCACGGGUAUUGCCUGAAUUGUCUGGCAACUUCCCAUGCAACUCAGGAGUGCCCAUCAAAUAAUCGUUGCCAAAUCUGUGUGCGGGCUCACCAUACGCUGCUGCACCGCUCUACCAGACGCGACUCCGGGCGCCCACCGGCUCCUCGCACCAGUGGUAACGUCAGGCGUUCUCAAAGGACUUCUGUGACGGCAUACCGCCGGCGCGGACCCUCUCCAGCAGAAUCCCGUCCCUGGCGCCAAAACCGGGCAACAUCAACACGACGCCAUCAGCUUAGGCCGCAAUCCCGCCGGUCAACAGGUCUCAGCAGCGUUGUAGCAACGCUACAGCAGCUACAGCGGCUUUUAGGCUAAAUACUCGCCUAGGGCGGCCGGGAUGGCUAAAUGAGUAGCGACGUCGCAUCACAUCUGCAUCAAUUCAUCACACCGGAUCGACUAUUCACCUCAUCACGCGAGCGAACACCACACAUUAACACACAUACACGCACAUGCACCCAAACGCAGUCUAAUUAGAACAAAAGGAAUAGAGAAAGCAGCUCGCGCACUUUUCGUUGAUACGACGUCGAACAGCCAACAUCUACGCUUUCCGCAGC